AUGGUUGCGAAAAUUAAGGCGUCAAAUCCACUUCCCAACUCACAUCAAGUUCUCUUUCAAGAACAACAACAAAUUCUUUUCAAUGGGAAUGAGGUAAGCAAUUCUCAGAAAUUGAGUGCCAUUGGUGUUAAGGAUGAUGAUUCGCUAACGAUAACGGUCUCUAAGAAAGGGGUUGGUGCUGGUGUUGUUGCUUCUAGUGGUUCUGCCAACAAUUUGAGCUUCAAUACUGAUGGAUCUUCUAUAAACCCCAGUGCUUUUCAGCAGCAUUUUAGACGUGAUUCUAAUUUGAUGGCUCAGCUCUUCCUGGUAAAUUGA